UUCUACAAUUCCUGGGUGAGCCUGUUGGGGACGCUAAUUUGCGUGGUGGUCAUGUUCAUGAUCCAGUGGGAAGUGGCCCUCGCUACCUUCGGCAUCACCAUAACCCUCUACCUCCUCGUCCACUACCGCAAACCUAAGGCGAACUGGGGCUCUAGCACGCAAGCGCAAGUGUACUCGACCGCUCUGAAGAACUCACACGCUCUCAACAAGACGGCCGAACACGUGAAGAACUACAGACCGCAGUUGCUCGUCCUUUCUGGUCCACCCAGUUCCAGGCCUUCCCUCCUGGACUUCGCAUAUCUCCUCACCAAAACUAAUUCCCUUCUCAUCAUCGGUCACGUCGUCAAGGCUGUCUCAGAGUUCCACGUGAUCCCUCCAAAACAGCCCGUGAAUACAACGUAUCAUCUGGAGAACAUCUUCCAAAAGCCCUGUCUUGAUACAUUUAACCAUAGAAGUGGCAAGAUUAAACCCCGUGACGGUGACGCAUUUGACAACCAUACGGCAGUAGGGAUCCUAAGGCUGCAAGAGGGUCUGGAUUACAGCGAGAUCCUAGAAGAAGUCCCUGUCUUGGCAAAGGAAGCCAUGAAAACCAAUAAAUCUGACGUCUUUUUCGGUGAGACCGGGGCAGAGGUGAGUUCAUUGUCCACACCCCAGGUGUCACAAAUGAACCACUCAACCGAGGAAAUGCGGAUGAAGGGGAAAAAGAAAGUGAGGGAGAAGCAGAAGACCCAUCAUGUGUCACAGAUGUAUUGUGGACUGGGUGGGACUCCUUUGCCAAAGACGCUCGUGGACAGCCUGACCCAGUUCCAGCAGAAGCAGAAAGGAGGCCGAAUCGAUGUGUGGUGGCUGUACGACGACGGUGGACUCACUAUCCUCCUUCCUUACAUCUUGACCCAGAGAGCCCAGUUCUCCUCUGCAUCCCUCCGCAGAGCCCAGUUCUCCUCUGCAUCCCUCCGCGUCUUCUCCCUUGCUUCAUCCAAGGGAAAGCUCGAGCAAGAGCAGAGAAGUUUGGCGGCGCUAUUAAGCAAGUUUCGGAUCGACUACAGUGACGUGGUCGUCGUUGCUGAUAUCCAGAAGAAGGCGACACCAGAAACUCACCAGGAAUUCGAUGCCCUCAUUGAACCCUUCAAAGAGAAGGUCGAUGAAACCAGAGAAACUGGAACUUAUAUCACGAGUGCAGAACUAGUGGCAAAGCGCGACAAGAGCAAUCGCCAUAUGAGACUGAGAGAACUCCUCCUUCAUAAUUCUAUCGAUGCUUCAUUGAUUGUCAUGACUCUCCCAAUGCCGAGAAAGGGGAUGAUAUCAGCCCCACUAUACAUGGCCUGGUUGGAGAUCCUGACUAAGGGCAUGCCUCCAUUCCUCUUCGUCAGAGGCAAUCAGACCUCUGUCAUCACCUUCUACUCCUGAGCAACUUCAUCUUCAAUCCCAUUCAAAUCCA